CGUUUCUCUGAUAAACCGAACGGUUCACGGCGGCGGCGCGGCCGACCGAAAUCGUUAAUAAUACACGAAAAAAAAAAAAAAACACCGUGCAUAAGGUCGAACGUUCGUCGUACACCUACGCCGACGCCAAUCGUCGACCGACGAUAGCGCAGCGCGGAAGUGCGCGUAGCUAGGUAGGUACCCACUCUUUUUCACGACUAGCACACGUCGAUUCGUCAGUCGCGACUCGUCGCAGACAGCAUUAUUACAGGUACCAGGUAUAGUCAUCACUAGUCACUGCACGCACGUCGCGGACCGCGGUCGGUGUUUUUUUUUUUUUGUACGUUUCGUUUCAUGAAAAUAAUAAUAUCACAUAAUAUCGAUAACAAUAAUCGUCCGCGGUCGGUGAUAGAUCAUAAGCGUGUACCUACCUACUCUAUCCGUUCCACUGGUUCACCUCGCAUCGAAGACGUUACGAAUACACCGCUCUAGUUUGUUGUGUUCAGACAUGAACGUUCAAUGAUCGUCGUAGUAUAGAUAAAAUAACAAAUAUGGGUCUUAAAGGCUGCAUGAAACGGACAUGCUGCAUAGUAUCAAGUUUCUUUGCGAUAAUAUUAUUUCUCAUAUUCAUAGUGGUACCAAUUGUUUUUCGAUAUUCCCCAUCACUUCAAAGAGGAAUGAUAUUCUUAAAUUAUGUUCGUAUGCCAUCUGCUGUUAAUUAUAGUCAUCCUGAACAGUAUGGUAUGAGAGGAACAAGAAAUUUCUAUAUAAAAACAAGUGACAAUAUGACAUUAGGCGUAUGGCAUAUUUUACCACGUAAUUUGUUGGAUAAAUACGAAAAUGAUAAUUCAACUUAUGAACAACUUUUAAGUCAUGGUGAACCAAUCAUAAUAUAUAUGCAUGGGAACUCAGGUACUCGGGCAAAUGAACAUCGGAUUCAUUUGUACCAUGUGCUUCAAGAUAUCAACUGUCAUAUAAUAGCAGUAGAUUAUAGAAGUUAUGCUGAUUCUACUGAUGUUGAAGUUAGUGAGCUUGGCGUAGUUACAGAUGUAAUGGAAAUGUUUAGAUGGACACAUAAACGUGCCAACGGUACCCCUAUCUUUGGCUGGGGUCAUUCUUUAGGAACUGGAAUUGGAGCACAUGGAUUUUCACUGCUAGAAAAAGAAGGUCUUUAUCCAAAUGGCCUCAUACUAGAAGCUCCAUUUACCAAAAUGAGUGAUGAAAUACGAGAGUAUCCUCUUACCAAGAUUCAUCGACUAUUGCCUUGGUUUGAGUUUUUCAUCAUUGAACCGGUUGAGAAAAAUAACAUCAUUUUUGAUACAGAAAAAAAUUUAAUGGAUACUAAAAUGCCAGUAUUGAUUUUACAUGCACGUGAUGACAUUGUGAUACCUUACGAAUUGGGUGAAAAGUUGUACAAACAUCUAUUGGAAACUAGAAAAAAUGUAACUACUGAAAUUGUGUUGUACGAUAGACAUCAGAAGUUUGGACAUAAGUAUAUAUGUAGAGAUAAAGAAUUAGGAAUUCGGACUAGGAAAUUUAUCGAUGAGUCUAUAAACAAUUUAUCUCAGUAAUUGUUUAUACUCUUUUAUCCACCGUUAAUAUAAGCAUAUAUAGUGCAUGCAGAUAAUUUGAAUUGGUUAUUAUUUAUGUUAAGCUCAAUUUUUGUUAAAUGAUUGUAUCUUAAUCCUCAUUGAUAUUUUCAUUAUAAAAGUGAUACUACUUUUUAGCACAGUAAUACUCUAAUAAAAAUUAAUGAUUUUGUAAUUGUGACAAAUAUUCUGUUGGUCUAUUAAUGAACUUAUUACGAUUCUAAUUUGAUAUUAUUACUUUUUACACCAUUUAUUAUUUUCAUUUUCUACAAACUUUUUCUUUGUAAUUAUUGUUGUUGUCAUUAAAAUAUUUUAGAUUUCUUAAUAAAUGUAUAAUUAAUAUUCAAGCUUGGUUCAAUUUUUAUGAUAAAAAUAUAUAUAAUUAUAACUAUCAAUUCAUAGAAAAGUAUAAUGUUCAAUUUCUGAAUUAUUCAUAGUUUUACUAUUUGUGAAAAUAUUUAUUUUAUUUCUUUUUAUAAUUUUAAUUUGAUGUUUUUUAAUUGACUCUCUAGUGUUAAUAAAUUAUAGUAUACUAAAAUUAAACAUUUAUAUUUUAUAAUUACCAUAAAAGAUUACUUUUGUUUAAUUAUCAUUGUAUUAUUUUAAGCGCAUAAUUUUAUAAUAAACAAACAAAUGUUUAUCAUUCAUAUUAUUUAAUACUGACUAAAAAAAAACCAUAUUAUCUACUUAGUUAAAUUUUAAUUCUACUAUUUACAGUAAAUCAUACUAUUCUUUACUCCGUUCUAAAAAAUUUUAGUCGGACAUCAAUUUGUUUUUGUAUAUUUCAAAUUGUAUAAACAUCUAUUAAAAAAUAUAAUAAAUCUAACUUUUUUUUGAACAUGAUUUUGAUGAUCAUAUACUUCAAUCAAUGUAUUAUGUGAUACUUUGUUUGCAAUAGUUUUAGAUUUUGAAUAAAGGAAAAAUCUAUUUCUUUUUAGAUAUUGUUUCAAAUGCA